AUGAGGUAUGCAGGCAGGGUCGGCAAACCUGUCGAUCCCAGAAUGGCGCAGGCAUCAGCCAUCAAUCAUCAGAAAUUACAGUCUCUCUACCCUGUAUUUGAGUGGUUUGAAAUCAAUCCAGGGUAUUUACAAAAACCCAUAGGCAACUGCUUUUUUUCUGCCUAUCAUGGACAUGCUGCUGUUUGGCCCGUGAACCAUGCCGACGGCCUCAAGCUAAUUUGCGGCGAGCGACAUGCAGACGGCGCGUGGGCAGCCGCGGUGAAAGCUGUAUGGACCAUGUUGGCAGUCUGCCAAUCGCGCACAAGAGUCACCUCGCCUUCUCGUCAGCCUAGCAUGUUGGUCGGAAUGGGUGGCGAGGUGCAGUACACUGCGUCGCACCAUGGUGAAUAG